AAUCCAAAGUUAUUAGCAGCAUAACUUUGAGCUUCAAAUUCUAAAAAAAAUCUGCCAUCAAAUUCUUCACCCAAAACUCUCUCUCUCUCUCUCUCUGCAACAAUGGAUCGCACACAAAUCCUUCUGGUUGGUUUACCACUCUUCCUAUUCUUCUCAGACAUCAUCAACCUUUUCUCUCCUUCACCGCCUCCCAAACCAUCUCGUCACAAUCACGUUCACCCAAUUCCUCAACCUCAACAAUCGCAUCUUCAACAACCCCUUGAUUUUCCCAUACAGAAACAAAGUGGAAUUGACCCAAUUGGUGUUGGUCCAAUAGGUGCUGGCAACACUGUUAGCAUUGACUUUUGCACUUCUUGUUCUUACAAGGGAAAUGCAGUAUCAGUGAAAAACACGCUGGAAUCUUUAUUUCCUGGGAUUAAUGUUGUUUUGGCUAACUAUCCGCCUCCACUUCCGAAGCGUGCUCUUAGCAAAGUAGUUCCAGUGUUGCAAACUGGAGCUAUUAUAGCUAUAACCGCAGGUGACCAGAUAUUCCCGAGAUUGGGAGUGACACCACCACAAUUGUACUAUUCCUUGCGUGCCAAUAAAUUUGGAAGUAUUGCUAGCAUAUGGCUUCUUUCAAAUUUCGUUCAAUCCUUCUUACAGAGUUCCGGUGCUUUCGAAGUAUAUUUCAAUGGCGAAUUGGUUUUCUCCAAGCUGAAGGAGAACAGAUUCCCUGGUGAAUUUGAGUUGAAGGAACUUAUUGGCAGAAGAAUAGGUAACACACCCAUGCUAUGAAGCAGAGUAAAUGGACCAUACAGAAAUCAAAUUUUUAUUUAGUUUGUGUAAUUUGUUACGCACACUGUUAGCUAAGGCAUUGAAUACUGAUCAAGCCUUUCUUUUAAGUUCUCACUUUUCUGUUUUCGAGCCUCGCUAUCUUUCUAAUGUUAACGAGUUAUUGUAGAGUAAUCAUAUUUGACAUUAUUCCUCCAUUGACAAACACAGAGAAACUAAACACGAUGAUUGGAAUGAAUUUUAUCAGAAGAUAGUCAUA